AGCAGGAACAGGGGAAUUUUGCCCGGUAAGGAACCAGUCAGCUCAGCGAAACCAUCAUAUCCCUGUGUCAUCCAAUGAAAUGUUGCUGGCUGACUUUGUCCGGUCUUCCCGCCAUGAUGUCACUGGGUCUGCUGCAACCGGGGAUUCGGAACCGUAAUUUCGUACGUCUGUUUCUGGUUUCUGACGGUACCGGGACGGGUAAUGGCUCGAACCCCCACGCUAUUCCUAACCCGGUAUUGGGUCACCGUCCCCAAAAGGGUCGUUUUCCACGGAUCAUUUCCCGCGCCAAGCUCAACUUUUCAUCCUUUCUCAUCCGACUGGAGAACAAAGAACCUUCAACCUGCCGAUGUUCGUUCCCGUGGCCUCCACGGCAAUCAAGCCUGCCUAGUCUGGCCCAACUUGGCCAGACGACAGGUCAAAUCAAGGUCUUCAACAACUCACGGGUGUUACUUUCGCUGGAACUUUGCUGCCUCUCUGUGUUACCAUGCUAGCCAUGGACUGAGAAAAACCAAAAAUAAGCUGCGGAAGACCGCCAUUCCUCCCAGG